CUCCCUUCAUGUCGUGCAGGAACUGUGUCCUUUCUUCUGACCUUCAGCUACAAAAUCUCAAAACUAUUCGGAACUCCGACAGUCUUGUUGUACAAAUUCUACGCGGGGAGCGGCCGUUGCUCGACCCUGACCAGGCAUCUAUCAACGCCGAAAUUAUUCAGUUGGAGCAGCUGUUAUCCUCAUAUGAUGCUCAGUUUCAAGAGAUCCAAUUGCGCCGACGUGCAGUCGUAGUCACCCUGGAAAAUCGCAAGUCGAUCUAUGCUCCUAUCCGUCGUCUCCCCCGAGAUGCGCUCAUCGAAAUCUUCCAUUUCGUUCGUGACCUUUGGUGGCCGAAAGCAAAAGAGGACUGCACUCUCGCAUCAAAAUUUCACGGUGAUAGCCUAGAUGUAUCUGGGCCGCUUUGGGUUCUAGGCCGUGUUUGUGGGCUUUGGAGGAAUACGUUGCACUCGUCUCCUGUGUCCUGGGCUCAGAAGAUUACUGUGAAGGCCCCUUUCUCCAAGCAUGCUCCCGAUAUAUAA